AUGGGAAAACUUGAGGAGGAGCUUUGGCAGAUGAAAGAGGUAGCUAAUGAGGCCAGUGUGAAGGCAACUGGGGAACUAUUAAAAGAGCUAAGAACUUCGAGGGAAUUGCAAUCUAAUACUCAAGAAGAAUUGAAGAUUAAAUAUAAGAAUAUUUUGUCUCUGAGGUUGGAGAUUGAGAGAGCAAAAGAGUUUCAGCUUUGGUUAGCAGAAAAAGAAGCUAGUUUAGGAAAAUUGAAAGAUGAAUUGAAUAAUGCAAAAGGGAAUGAGGCUCAGGUGAUGGAUUUAUUAUCCAAUUUCAAGAAAAGGGUUCAUGAACUACAAGUUGAAGUAGAGAAUAGAAGAUUAUCCGAGUCUAAAAUAGUAGAUUCAUUGGCAUUGAAGACAAAGGAGUUCGAGCAAAUUAGCAGACAUUGUGAUGGUUCUUGCCAUAGGAAGAUUUCUUGGGAGAAGGAACUGGAACGCCUUAGGUCUGAACUUGGAUCAACCAAGGCAAAUUUGGCUUUGAGUGAUGAGAUGCUCUUGCUUAGAAAACAACUUAAAUUGGCAACUGAUGCAGAAGAAAAGAGCCAAACCGAAGCUACUGUGGCCAAGGAGAAACUUAGUGCUUCUCAAUUAGAACUAGAACAAGUAAAAGAUGAGGCAAGACGAUUGAAACAGAUGGUCAGAAACACUGAAGCUAGGUACCAAAAGCUUUUGGAUGAGGCAAAACAGGAAACUCUUGCUCAGCAGGAGACUGCAAGAUUCGCCGAGUCUCUUAAAGAUGCUGAGCAUAUGACUAGAGCAGCAAGGGAAGAAAUUUACAAAUUGAGGGACAUAUUGAAGCAGGUUGUAAAUGAAGCGAACGUUGCAAAAGCUGCUGCUGAUCUAGCUAGAGAUGAAAAUUCUCAACUCAAAGAUUCCCUAGCUGAAAAGGAGGAAAAACUUCAUUUUCUUGCUCGAGAGAUUGGACAAGUAGACAAGGAAAUUUUCAGCGUCAAACCUAUUGAGUUGCUUCAACAAGAACAGGAAGAUUUAGAAGCAAAAAUUCAAGAUGAUGAUCCUGAAAAGGCUGAGGCGCCAAAAUCAGAGCCCCAUACACCAAAACAGGUAUCUCAUCAUCGGAGAGCAUCCUCAUCUACCUUCUCAGACGAUUUUGGAACACCUAGAGCAGAAUUCUCCGAUCAUUCAGAUACUGAUUGAAGUCCUAGUAGGAAGAGAAAAGUAUUAUUUCGAAGAGUUGAUGACCUCAAAAUUAGGCCUUUCUUUUUCAGAUACAACUUGGA